GAGAGAGAGAGAGAGAGAGAGAGAGAGAGAGAGAGAGAGAGAGCUCACUAGAGUAGUGUAUUAAUUGGAAGACUGAGAUGAAGAGUUGUGACAAAUGGUACCCUGCUAUUGCAAUGAUAGGCAUUGACUUCGCCUUUGCCGUUGUGAAUAUACUUCUGAAGAAAGUGGUUGAUGAUGGAAUGAACCAUUUGGUAUUCAUCACUUACCGGCAGUUCGUUUCUACUAUGUUUUUAGCCCCAGUUGGCUUCUUUUUGGAAAGGAAUAGCAGACCCAAGCUUACGCUAGGCCUCCUAUGCUACUUGUUCUUGAGUGCGAUUGUCGGGGCAUCUCUCACGCAGUACCUCUUCCUUCUUGGUAUCCAAUACACAUCUGCUACUUUCUCCUGUGCCUUUCUCAACAUGGUGCCAGUGGUCACCUUUAUAAUGGCCUUACCCUUGGGGUUAGAGACAGUGAACACAAAAAGCAGCGGUGGAAGAGCAAAAGUGCUUGGUACAGUAGUAUGCCUUGGAGGUGCUAUCUUGAUGACCUUUUACAGAGGAAUGCCUUUAUUUAGCUCUUCACAGCCACAAGGUGCAAUUCAAACUGUUGAUCAAGCCCUCAUAUUUAGCUUAGCUAAAAGGAAAGAGAGAUGGACUAUUGGUUCAAUAGCUUUGAUCGCCGGAACACUGUUGUGGUCUUCAUGGUUCCUUCUUCAAUCAAAUAUUGCUAGGAGUUAUCCAUGCCAAUGCUCCAGCACUGCUAUCAUGGCCUUUUUUGGCGCCAUUCAAUCAGCUAUCUUAAGUUUCUGCAUAGACAGAAACCUUGCCCUGUGGGUUUUGAAGGGAAAAACAGAGAUCUUGAGUCUUCUGUAUGCUGGAAUGGUAGGAUCAGGGUUGUGUAUUGUGGGGAUGGCGUGGUGUGUCAAGAAACAGGGUCCCGUCUUCACAGCAGCAUUCAGCCCCCUGGUUCAGAUAAUGGCAGCCAUGUUCGAAGUCCCCAUCCUACAUGAAGAAAUCCAUCUUGGGAGCUUAUUAGGAUCUAUCGUUGUAAUAGUUGGGUUAUACGCCCUGCUGUGGGGGAAGAACAAAGAAAUGCCAAAGUGUGAGCCAAAUGUAGCCCAUCAAACUGAGGAGAUUAAGGACCAAGAGCCACAGUUUCAAGUCGUUGAAAUCAGUUGUGAUUCUAGGCCUCCGUGAUGUCAACUUGUUCAGUACUGCUUUCCUACUCGCAAACAAUUCACUGUUUCUGUUGGACAGUACAAUAUGUUAGUUACUUUCCAGACUAUUAUUACUUCUGCGAAACUUUCCGAUGAUCCACGC